UAAUAAACUACCAUGUGUGUCCACCCGGCCGCUGGCCGUAUCUCACGAGGUUCUCGGUUUGAUCAUCAGAAUGAAAACAAAUCAUUCUUUCCGUGCCUUCAGGCUGCUGCGCGCUCCCUUCGUUGACCACCGCCAGCACCAUCAUACCAACACAAUACCUGUUCACUACUGUCAAGGCUGUUCUAUGCGAUGUCAGGCUCUCCAACUGAUAUAGCAGCUUUGAUUGGCUUUGGUUGUGAGGCAGUCUUGUAUGGCAGUUACUGCAUUCUUUUCAUCGUCUCAUGGAUAGUCUUGAGUCAAAAACGACCUUCGCCAAACCUUAGUAGCCCUGUUGUUUUUGCCAACUGUUUGCUCUUUUUCUGCUGCACUGCACAUUUUGCACUCGAAUUCAAUCAUUUUUAUACAACUCUUGAGUCAACAGGCGUCGAUGGGUUUUCCGCGGAGACUCCUGGUCUUUUGGGCGCAGAUUUCCUUAUCUCGUUCACGGAUCUCGUCGGUGACCUAGUUCUCGUCUACCGCUGCUGGAUGCUUUGGGAUAGGAACUACUAUGUAGUCAUACUUCCCCUUCUUACUGCCUUCGGUGGCUUCGCUUGUAUAAUGGAGGUACUCCACCUUGUCAUUACGAUGGACCCCACUGCACCUGCCCCUCCCCCCGCUACGGUGGGGUUGGGGCUCGCAGGAUAUAUCCUACCUCUUGCCACCAAUUUCGUCGUCACCUCUCUUAUAGUUUACCGCAUCUGGAUCUCCUCUCGUGUUGUGAAAGAAUCGCCUAUAGUCAUCGGCCAAGGCGCCUCCCAUCGCGCGAUGAUGCUCAUCAUCGAAAGUGGUGCCCUCUAUCUUAUAACACAAUUCGUGUUCGUCGUACUCUUCUCGAUCCAACACCCCUCACAAGGUAUCGUGGCGGUGAUUGCCACCCAAGUAUACGGCAUCGCACCUACCCUCAUUAUUAUUCGGGUUAGCUUGGGAAUUUCAUCAGAGCAUACCACCAAGGCAAUAACGUCCACUCGUAUUGAAUGGAUCGCGCGCCGUGGAGGCGACACAGGCACUACGGGUACCCAAUUCACUGUCGAACACAGCAUGGUCGAAACCGAUAUGGAUAUUCGGAUGAAAGACUUCGAUCUCACCCGUAUGAAGCGUCACGAGGAGAUUGAGAUUGCAGAGGUCGAGAUGGGGCCUGCUGGCCAUUACGAAAGCGCUUCGCCUGUAUAACACCUUGAUACUAAAGGUAUCUUGAACCUUGUUGUAGUGCUAAUAGAAUUAUCAAUUUGGCAUUACAAAAAGCAUCGCACAUGACCCCACUCCCCUUAUUCGAACGGCGUACUUGGGUGUUCUAGCAUGUA